AUGUUUCACCAUAUGCUCAGACAUGCCCGCAGGAAACCUGAUGUCGAAGUUGGGCUUCUGGCCCUUGAUUUUGAAGAUGAUUCCUGGAUCAGGAGUCACCACAGACGCAAUCUGAUAGAAAGGAUUGUUUAUCCAGACGAUGUGAAGAAAUCCACAUACAGAAUCAACAUUUCAGAACUGCAACGCGUUCAUUUGCGCAAGUUGCAGCACAGACUAUUGCAGCAUGCUGUUGACCUUCGAUAUGGGGCUACAGAGCCCGCAGAUUGGGCCAGCGAUCUUCGGCAAUACGUACAAGCCUUGCAGGACCAUGAGUACAUGGGAAAAUUUAUCUGGCAGUCUGGCGAUCCAUUUAUUAUCACUGGCGAGCGCUAUAUUGAUCGCUGCAUGUUGGAUGUCGCCAUGAAAGACUUGGAAAACGAUAAAGGUUCCCCGCGUCAAUCCAAGCCGACUCGCAAAUGGGAAGACUCCUCCGUGUAUCCGGCGCCAAUUGGAGGAACUCGAGAUGUCAACUGUGAAACAAUUUUUUGGGAAGGUUUCUUUCAGCGCAUGCUUCUCGCCAUCCUGGGCGGUAUCUUCCUGGUCGGACCAAUGUGGCUGAUGGUUCUUCAUAACACACUGUACACUGCUCUUAUUACGACUACUGUGUGCAUCCUCAUAUUUGGUGUAUUGAUGGCGUUAUCACUGACGAAACCAAUGGACGUUAUGGCAAGUACUGCAGCCUAUGCAGCCGUGUUGGUGGUCUUCGUGGGCCUCACUGUGGAUGGUGGCAAUGCCGCUUGA